AUGGCAUUUGGAAUGCUAAUAUAUAUUUUGCUAAGAGCAAUGGUAGCGCUGGGUGAAGAGGCCGCUAUUACUGUUUCGUCGCUAACCACAGACAUAUGGAAUAGCUGGGCAAAAAACAACACAGAAGACUACACAGAGGAACCUAUUGCUCUGAAGCUUAUGCAAUCCUGUCUUGAAGAACACAAAAGUUAUUGUAUUAAUGGCCUUUGUGCUUUUCACAGUGAACUCAAGAAACCCAUAUGCAGGUGCCUGACAGGUUACAACGGAGAAAGAUGUGAACACUUGACGUUAAAUUCGUAUGCGCUUAAUUCUUAUGAGCACUAUAUUGCAAUGGGAAUUGGCGCUGGAAUGUUACUGAGUGGGAUCAUUGCUCUAAUCUAUUGCUAUGUAAGAAAGAGGUGCGGGAAGUUGAAAUCACCGUACAAAGUCUGA